AACUUGAUGGAGUUUGGACAGAAUGGAGAAAGAAAUCGGGAAUUGAUACGAUGACUUACACGACCAUGAUAUUUGGAAAAAAGAAAGUAACUUGGGCAGAGAACAUGAAGCUCUGCUGCAGCAUUGGAAUGAAGCCCAUUAGAGUGACGGAUGAGCUUCUUUCAACGCUAAACUCGAUUGGAGUGUCAUAUGAAAGCUUUAAAAUCUUCGACAAAACUGUGAACUCUACCGAGGACCGCAUGUUGAUUAAAACGAGUUUCUGGACGGCUGCAACGCGUCAGGGGUGCGCCGGGCAUUACCGCUUUUGCAUGCACGACGACGUCGGCCCGUGGGACUCGCAGGACAGCUUCUGGGACACGGUGAACCCGCGGGACAGUGGCUCCUGUUUGGUCGUCGACCGGCAGUACGCCAAUAAGGAAGGGGCGCCGUUCGGGGUGCGCCAGGUGCAGUGCUCAGUCCCAAUUGCCAAUUUCGCCUGUCAAAAAGAUGGAAAAAGGAUCACAGAUUUUGUCAAUUUGGAAAAGAAUGCAGACAUGGAGAAGGCUAAUACUGGCUGUGAUCUACCCUACUGCGCAGAGCAACAAUUAUGCAUGCCAUCAACCGUGACCCCAUCAAAAUAUGAGAAUGGAGAACGGGUUUUACUAAGUACGUUCACCUCAUAA